AUGCCGCUUUGUCGAAGUUCAGCCUCGUCAUCUUCUCACCACCGGGAUGAGCCGGAGAGUCCGCAGGGACACGACACGCGUGAGUUAGCCCGCAAGUUCUCUCGACUCCGAAUUGGAAGCUCUUUGGCAGGCCACGCACAUGCAGACGCAGCGCCGGCGAUGCUGCCAAUGAGCAGCCGGGAUCAAAUAGUGGUGGAUCGGCUCUCGAGAAAAGUGAAUGCAAGUAACUUCGCGACGGUUAUGAAGGCGUACCUCAUUAUAAAGAAUCGAGUGGCUGCGCAGAGAGCGAACAAAGAAUUUCAACAGGGACAAAGGCGCUCGUUCGCUAUCUUGGGCAGGAGAAGCAGCCGCGUGGCCUUGGAAAGCCCCUCGCAUAGCCGCAGCAAGACGGGAAGUCUGAAGAGCGUGGCGGAGACGUCCAAAGCAACAUCAGGCAGGCAAAGGCGACCCGAAUCAUGUUUAGCUCGAAAUGAGUGUGCCGACGGCGUUCACGGGGAAGGCGCCUUUCCGCCAAAGACGUUAAGCCCGCCGCCGGUGCCUGGAGAUGAGGGGUCGUGUCACAGUUCAAAUUCGUCCACCGACGCUGACGGCAUCAAGGCCGUUGGUGCGGUGGGAAGAAUGAAGGCAUGCCAGUCACUCCUUGAACAGCGCUUAGGGUUUAUGGGUUUCAAGAGUGUGCGCAUUGCGGGUGACGGGAAUUGCCAGUUCCGUUCCUGCUCGUGGAACAUGUUCGGCUCUGAAGAGCACCACAAAGUGGUGCGCUCCCGAGCUGUACAGCACAUGCGUGAGCAUAAAGAUGAAUACGGGGUUUUCUUUGAGGACGACGACUUUGAAAAGUACCUGAAGAAUAUGGCGCGUUCAGGAACAUGGGGAGAUGAGCUAUCUGUUCGUGCAAUAGCUGAUAGUUUCCAAUGUACAAUUCAUAUUAUCACUUCCACCGACUCGAACUGGUAUCUGCGGUACGAUCCCCAGGGCGCGGGUGGAACAUUAGAAGCCGUGCGGCACAUCUUCCUCACGUACAUCUCACCGAUACAUUACAAUGCAUUUACACUCGAAGAGCUGACCGCGUCCGACACGGAAACCCCGGGAGCGCAACGAGGUUGA